UCAGUGAACUCAGUGUGGAACUGGAUUCUAUUGAAGUAUAAAGAUGUUUCUGAGCAAAGCAUUGGUUGCCAUUGCCUUCUUGGCGCUGGUCAACGCGCAGUAUUGGCACAACUAUAAGAGCGGCAGGAAUGGCAUGGUUCACCUGUUCGAGUGGAAGUGGGAUGAUAUAGCAGCUGAGUGUGAGAACUUCCUGGGACCGCACGGCUACGGUGGUGUGCAGGUCUCGCCUGUCAAUGAGAACGCUGUGAUUAGCUCUCGUCCCUGGUGGGAGCGCUACCAGCCCAUCUCCUACAAGCUCACCACACGUUCGGGCAACGAGCAGCAGUUCGCCAGCAUGGUCAGGCGUUGCAAUGAUGCUGGCGUGCGCAUCUACGUGGAUGUUGUCUUCAAUCAUAUGGCUGCUAAUGGCGGCACUUCGGGAACUGGCGGCACCUCAGCCGAUCCCAGCUCCAAGAGCUUCCCGGGUGUGCCGUUCUCCUCGCUGGACUUCAAUCCCACCUGCUCGAUCACCAACUAUGCUGACCCCACAAACGUGCGCAACUGCGAGCUGGUCGGUCUGCGCGACUUGAAUCAGGGCAAUUCCUGGGUGCGCGACAAGAUCGUUGACUUCCUGAACCAUUUGACGGACUUGGGUGUUGCCGGUUUCCGUGUGGAUGCUGCCAAGCACAUGUGGCCUGGAGACUUGGGUGUCAUCUAUGGGCGCCUGAACAACUUGAACACUGCUCAUGGCUUCCCCUCGGGCGCCAGACCCUAUAUCUUCCAGGAGGUCAUCGAUUUGGGCAACGAGGCCAUCUCCAAGUCUGAAUAUACUGGCAUGGGCGCUGUCACUGAAUUCCGUCAUUCGGAUUCCAUUGGCAAGGUGUUCCGUGGCAAGGAUCAACUGCGCUAUCUGAGCAACUGGGGCACUUCCUGGGGCUUUGCCGAUUCGGAUGCUUCGCUUGUCUUUGUGGACAAUCACGACAACCAACGUGGACAUGGCGCUGGUGGCGCUGACGUGCUCACCUACAAGGUGCCCAAGCAGUACAAAAUGGCCUCCGCUUUCAUGUUGGCCCAUCCGUUCGGCACACCGCGUGUGAUGUCCUCCUUCGCAUUCGACAACACCGAUCAGGGACCACCCACUACCGAUGGCCACAACAUUGCCUCGCCCACCUUCAAUAGCGACAACUCUUGCGGCGGCGGCUGGGUGUGCGAGCAUCGCUGGCGUCAGAUCUAUAACAUGGUUGGCUUCCGCAAUGUCGUCGGUGAUUCGGGGCUCCAGAAUUGGUGGGACAAUGGCAGCAACCAGAUCGCCUUCAGCCGUGGCAGCCAAGGCUUCGUCGCCUUCAACAAUGACAACUACGAUCUGAACAGCUCGUUGCAAACUGGCCUCUCCGCCGGCACCUACUGCGAUGUCAUCUCUGGCUCGAAGAGCGGCUCCAGCUGCACCGGCAAGACCAUCACAGUUGGCUCCGAUGGACGUGCCAAUAUCUAUAUUGGCAAGUCCGAGGGGGAUGGCGUCGUGGCCAUUCAUGUCAAUGCCAAAUUGUAGACCCGCAAAAUAUCUCCUGCACAGCUUUUAUCUUUUUUACAACGAGAUUAUAUUUUGAGCAUAUAUACCUAUAU